UUUGUGUCCAUUUGUCUCAUCAUGUUGAUCUCUUAUGUAACUGACAUGUCAGUGAUGGUGAAAGCAAGGAGGAUGCGUCAGAGGCAGGAGGAGAGGAGGCAGCAGAUUAACAAAACAUGCAACUCUAACAAACAGAGAUUUUUUGAGGAACCAAAUCCUGACUUGCUGAACCACUUACUCGUGGACGAUGCACACUGUCUCAUCUACUGUUACGUCCCCAAGGUGGCGUGUUCCAACUUGAAGAAAAUCAUGGUUACACUGAAAACCGGUCCACCAUAUGGCGACCCCAGUUUAUUAACUACCACGGUCCACGACUCCGAAAAUCUCACUUUCCUAAAGGACCUCCCAAAACAUGAGAUCACGGCAAAGCUAAAGCACUACACCAAGUUCCUUUUUGUCCGGGACCCGUUUGUCCGCCUCAUCUCUGCCUACAGAAACAAGAUUGAAGUACCUCAGAGGUACUUUUAUGAGCGGUACAGCCGAAAUAUUCUGCGCCUCUAUGGCAACCAACCUAAUCCACCCGCGGACUUUAAUCUGGCACGUGCAUCAAAGCUGAAGGUCUCGUUUGACAACUUUAUUCAAUACCUGCUGGACCCACAGACCAAGGGAAAGUCUGAUGAUGAACACUGGAAACAGAUGAACAAAGUGUGUUUCCCCUGCCACAUACAAUAUGAUUUCAUUGGACACCAGGAGGACAUGAACGAGGAUUCUGAAGAUCUGCUGGAAAUGUUAAAGCUGAGGAAUGAAAUUCGUGUGCCCCAGUCCCCUGUGAUCCGGACUAGCUAUGAGUCUUUGGUGCAGUGGUACACGACGCUGCCUCUGAAUACCAGGAGGAAACUGUACAAUCGCUACGAGAUGGACUUUGAGCUCUUUGGCUACAGUCGGCCGGAUGGACUGUUGGAAAGUUAA